AUGCCUACCGUCAUCAUUAAAACUAAUGUAGACCGCACUGUCUGCAAUCAAGGCUUUCAAAAAAAAAUUAGCCGUUUAAUUUCUGAAAUUUAUGAGAAUCCUAUUAUGUACAUCACCGUAACAAUCCAUCAUAAUCCUAAGCUUAUCUUCGCUGGAACCCAGGAUCCAGCUGCUUUUAUGGAAAUAAAAACAGUUAAUGGCACUGGCAAAAAGGAGAACAAAGCUGCUUCUAAAGCUAUAUCCGAACUAUUGAAGGCUGAACUCGGUGUUUUACCAGAAAGAUUUUACAUCUACUUCAAUACUAUACAGCUAAAAGACGUUGGAGUACUUGGAGGGACAUUAGAUGGCCAAUAG